GGCCUCACCCGUGCUGGCCCGCUAUAAGGCCAGCCGGACUGCGACACAGUCCACCUCCUCGGCCACUCCUUUGGCGCUUUGCAGUCUUCGGCGCGCUUCUUCUAGCCCAGUGGUCAGCCAUGGCAUGCCCCCUGGAUCAGGCCAUUGGUCUUCUCGUGGCCAUCUUCCACAAGUACUCUGGCAAGGAGGGUGACAAGCACACCCUGAGCAAGAGGGAGCUGAAGGAGCUGAUCCAGAAGGAGCUCACCAUUGGCUCUAAGCUGGAGGAUGCUGAAAUCGCAAGGCUGAUGGAUGAUCUGGACCGCAACAAGGAUCAGGAAGUAAAUUUCCAGGAGUACAUCACCUUCCUGGGGGCCUUGGCUAUGAUCUACAAUGAAGCUCUCAAAUAAAAUGGGAAGGUGGAGCUCCCUCUGGGGGCGGAUCGCAGUCAAAUCCAGUGGUGGGUAAUUGUACAAUAAAUAUUUUGUUUUUGGUACAUCUA